AUUAUCUAAAUUUUCUGUUACGUAAUUUUAUUGACGUAUUUUUAUUACAACUGGUUGUGAAAUUUAAUAAUAAAUUAAGGAACAAAAGAUAAAUAAAUAUAUUAUGUUUUCCGUUAACAUUAUCAUUGGUUAAUAAUAAAACUUCAAGUCAUGGUUGAAAAAAAUUUUUAAUCAUGGAAAGAAAUGAAAAAAAAGAAGUGAAAAAUCCAAGGGAAAAUGCAAAUAUUUUCUCAGUUCUCACAUUUGCGUGGGUUUUUAGAAUUUUUUUCCUUGGUACUAAAAAAGAUUUGGAGGUAACGGAUCUUUAUUCGCCAUUAAAGGAGCACACCAGUAAACAUUUAGGCGAAAAUUUAGUGAAAUUUUGGAAAGAUGAACAAAGACGAAGUCACCAGAAAGGAUUAUCAAAAGCAAAUUUAUGUCGUGCACUUGCUCGUUGUUUUUGGAAAAGAUUUUUAUUUAUUGGAUUCUUUCAAGCAUUCACUGAACUUGUCGUACGAAUAUAUCAACCAAUUUGUCUGGCAAAAUUAUUGGAAACUUUUAAUUCAGGUGAAGUGUUAAUGAACAAUAAUAGUUAUUAUUGGUCGGCAAUUCUUGUUUGUUGUUUACUUUUACAUUGUAUUAUUCAUAAUCUUUGUAUUUAUGCAUUAACUCAUUUGGGAUUAAAAAUGAGAAUAGCUUGUGGAAGUUUGAUUUAUAGGAAAAUUUUAAAAAUGUCAAAAACAUCCUUCAAUGAAGGCUCAACUGCCGGUCAGAUUGUAAAUAUUGUGAGCAAUGACAUUAAUAAUUUGGACUUGUCAUUUGUUUAUUUACAUUAUUUUUGGAUUUCACCACUUCAAGCAAUAAUUAUCGUUUACAUUAUGUACACUGAAUUGAAAAUGUCAGCAGUUUAUGGAAUUUUUGUACUUUUUCUCAACAUAGUAAUGCUAAUAUCGGUUGGAACGUGUGUUCCAAAAAUAACAAUAAAUGCCUCUCUCAAAACUGAUGAAAGAUUACGGCUAAUGAGUGAAAUAAUUAGCGGAGUACAAGUCAUUAAAAUGUACGCGUGGGAAAAGCCAUUUUCAUAUCUAAUUCAACAAGCCAGAAAAAAUGAAAUAAAAGCAAUUAAAAAGAGUUUAUUUAUUGACGCUAUACAAUUGACGUACGAUAGCUAUAUUCCUCGUCUUUGCCUUUUUGUAACAAUUGUCAGUUACGCCCUUUCAGGAAAUUCAUUAUCUGCACAAUUGGUUUUUGCAAUAACUGGCUAUUACAAUAUUAUGAGAUACACAGUUAAUUUAUUAUUACAAUGUGGAGUACAAUAUUGUGGCAAAGCAGUGUCGACAAUAAAAAGAAUUGAAGAAUUCUUAAACACAGCGGAAAAUCAACAAAUGAAGAUGAUUACAUUAAAUACUGAUGAUAGCAUUUCUAAAAUCGUGAAACCGGAAAAAUUUAUUGAAUUAAAAAAUGCAUCAGUAAAAUGGUCUUCAAAUUCAAAAUGUAAUACUUUGAAUAAUAUUAAUUUUGAAGCUAUCAAUGAUUCAAUAACGGCAAUAAUUGGACCCGUUGGUUCAGGGAAAACAACACUUUUUCAUGCAAUACUACGUGAAUUACCACUCACUUCCGGUAGUUUACGGGUGUCAGGAAAAAUAGCCUACGUCAGUCAGGAGGCAUGGAUUUUUGCCUCAAGCAUUCGACAAAAUAUUCUCUUUGGUCGUCCAAUGGAAAAAAAACGCUACGAAACUGUCAUUAAUAUUUGCCAAUUGGAUCAUGAUCUCGCAAUGUUUCCUGAUAAGGAUCAAACGCUGAUUGGUGAAAAAGGAAUAACAUUGAGCGGAGGACAACGAGCAAGAAUCAGUCUGGCUCGAGCUGUCUAUUCAGAAGCUGAUAUUUACCUUCUUGAUGAUCCACUAUCAGCCGUUGACACACGAGUUGGGAGAAUGAUUUUUCAACAAUGCAUCACCGAUUAUCUUCGUGGUACAACAAGAAUUUUAGUAACCCAUCACUUUCAAUAUUUGAAGAACGUCGCUAAAAUUUAUGUCCUCAAUAACGGAUCCAUUGAAACUAGUGGAACAUUCCAAGAGCUACAAACCUCCAAUUUAGAUAUGAUAAAAACAAUCCACGAGCUAGAUGAUUCAAAAUCUGAUGAAAUGGAUAGCAAUGAUAUAUUGGCAACACAUUCAUCGGAAGAUAAAAUGAAAGAUGAGGAAACUGAAGAGGAAGCUGAGCAUCGAAGUUUUGGUAGAAUUUCCAGCAAGGUUUACUUUAAAUAUUUUAAAUCCGUUGGUAGUUGGAGUUUUGUGACAAUAAUGUUUCUCAUUACUAUUUUAAAUCAAUUGAUAGCAACUGGUGGCGAUUAUUUUGUUGCCUAUUGGGUGAAUAAUGAGGGGAAUUUAAAUAAGUCGGUGAUUUUGAAAGAGACGAGGAGUGGAUUUAAUAGAAAUUGGUAUAUUGAGAUUUAUGGAAUAUUAACUCUAUUGGCUGUUGUUAUUAUUUAUGUGGAUGUAUUUACAUUUUAUGAAAUGUGCAUGAGAGCAUCGAGGAGGCUUCAUGGAUUUUUGUUCUCGAGUAUAAUUCGUGCAACGAUGUCAUUUUUUUAUAAUAAUCCGUCUGGAAGGAUUAUUAAUAGAUUCUCCAAAGAUAUGGGCACAGUUGACAGAUUUCUCCCCAACAGUUUGAUGGAAGUAAUAAAAGUCUGUCUAAUGGUAACAUCAGUUAUCAUUAUUUGUAUCAUCAAUAAUCCCUGGCUAUUGCUACCAAUUGUAAUAGUUGGCUGGAUAUUUUACAUUCUAAAAACAAAUUAUCUAAAAACAACACGUGAUUUAAAACGUCUUGAAGGAAUAACAUCAUCACCAGUCUUCAAUCAUCUAAUUGCAACACUUCAAGGAAUCACAAUUAUUCGUACCUUUAAUGCUGAAAUAAUUCUUACAAAAGAAUUUGACAAUCAUCAAGAUCUUCAUUCAUCAGCAGUCUAUCUAUUAUUAUCAUGUGGCUAUUGUUUUAUCUAUUAUUUGGAAUUUUUAUCAGCUGUUUAUGUUGCAAUUGUUGUUUUUUCAUUUCUUAUCAUUGAUUUUGGACAAACAACAGCAAGUAUUGGUCUUGUUAUUUCACAAUGUAUUUUUCUGUCAAAUAUGUUGCAUUGGGGUAUCAUUGAAAUGGCAAAUUUGGAAAAUCAAAUGACAUCAGUUGAACGUAUAGUGGAGUAUACAAAUGUUGAGGAGGAGAAAUAUUUGGAAAGUGAUUCGGAUAAUAAAAUACCCGAACAAUGGCCACAAGAGGGUCGUAUUGAAUUUUCAAAUGUUUCAUUGCGUUACAAUCCAAUAAAGGAGGCGGUGUUGAAAAAUUUAAAUUUUACAAUUCAACCAAGGGAAAAAGUGGGAAUUGUUGGUAGAACCGGUGCGGGAAAAACUUCAUUAAUUACGUCACUAUUUCGAUUGGCACACUUGGAGGGUGAAAUUUAUAUUGAUGGGAUACCAACAAGUAAAAUGUCACUCUAUGAUUUACGAUCGAAACUCAGUAUUAUACCACAGGAACCUUUACUUUUUGCUGGAAGUCUACGAAUAAAUUUAGAUCCAUUUGAUGAAUUUGCCGAUGAAGAUCUUUGGAGUGCAUUAAAUGAUGUGGAACUUAAGGAUAUGGUUAUUAAAAUGGAAGCCGGUUUGGAGGCAAGUGUUUCUGAUGGUGGUUCUAAUUUUAGUGUUGGUCAAAGACAAUUACUUUGUUUGGCAAGGGCCAUUGUGAGAAAUAGUCGAAUUUUGGUAUUAGACGAGGCAACGGCUAAUGUUGAUCCAAAAACUGAUGAUUUAAUACAAAGGACAAUUAGAAAACGUUUUAAGGAUUGUACUGUUCUUAUUAUUGCUCAUCGAUUGAAUACUGUUAUGGAUUCGGAUAAAAUAAUUGUCAUGGAUUCUGGAUUUCUUGUGGCAAUGGAUCAUCCUUAUAAAUUAUUGGAAAGAGGAGAAGGUCUCUUUUAUGAAAUGGUUCAACAAACUGGUCCAGAAAUGGCUAAAGUUCUUACGGAAAUGGCAAAAAAUUCUAGUUCAAAUCAUAUUUAAAUUAUUAAUAUAAAAAAUUAAUAAAAAUUAUUAAUUAUUUAAUAGAACAAUAAAUAAAUGUAAUAAUAAU